UAAGUAAAGAAAACACAGCAAUAUGCAAUUCUGUUGAACUAUCCCAAUUAAUGGAAACUUUAAUAGUAGAGAAUGAUGCAAACGAAUCGAAGAGGCGUUUACACAAAGCAACAAACCAACAAUUUAUAACAGAAGGGAGUGAUAGAGGUUUAGAUGUUAUUUGUGCUCCGGGAGCUUUUAGCUAUAGAAUUGCUACUGAUUUUUUUUGUGAACGAACAAAGGGGAAUAUUACUUGUUUUGUAUAUCAACAACAACCAUAAAAGGAAGAGGAGGUGGAAAGAAGAGAAGAGGGGCAUUAUUAAUUUAAAAA